AUGUCAGACGGCGAAUCCGAGGAAAAUCACAGCAACGGAAUGUACAAAUGCAACAUAUGCUACGCGAAAUUUAAGAAGAAAUCUUCCCUUCAACAUCACAUGCGAAUUCAUGCCCGGGGACCACAGCAUCGGUGCGAUGUAUGCGGAAAGGAAUACUACCACAAGCACUUAUUAAACAGUCACAAGAUCCGUCACACGGGUGAACGACCAUUCAAGUGCGAGAUUUGCGGGAAAACAUAUGCACUGGUGCACCACUAUAGGACACAUUUAGUGUUGCACACUGACGAGUAUAAGUGCGACGUAUGUGGCAAAUGCUACGAUUCCCAAUACGUGCUCGAUAGGCAUCAAAAGGGGAAGCACACAGGCGAGCGUCCGCACAAGUGCGAAAUUUGUGGGAACUCUUUUCUGCUACCGAGUUACUUAGAACGCCACAUGACCACACAUACCGGAGAGCAACGUUUCAGUUGCGACAUCUGUGGUAAAAAAUAUACCACAAAAUACAAUCUGGAAGGUCACGCUAGAACCCAUACGGGCGAACGUCCGUUCAAGUGUGACGUAUGUGGUAAGGCAUUCGGUAGACUCAGUGCCUGCCGGUUACACAGUGCGACUCAUGUUAAGAAUCUUUCGUUCAAAUGUGACAGCUGUGGUAAAAAAUUCGCCACCAGUGUGCAGUUCAAGCGACACAUGGAAUCACACAAUGGUACACCAUCACAUAAAUGCGGCAUAUGCGGUAAGGGGUUCAUAACCAAGAGCCGCCUUCUCGAGCAUUAUCAGUGUCACUCUGGUGAACGGUGGCACGGAUGCGAAAUCUGUGGAUCAAAAUACGCUUCGAAGAGCGGUCUUAGGUACCACCGGAGGAAGCAUACCAACCCGACGUCGGAUGAUCCCUUUCAGUGUGAGGUUUGCGGAACGCAAUUUGCCACGAAGAACGCUCUUGUUCAUCAUAAGAUAGUGCAUUCGUAA